UACUGACAUCUAGCACUCUAACCUAACACUGUGCAAUCACAAUGUGAAGUUCUGUAAACAGUACGAUAAUACGCUGCAUUAUGAUUUGUUUGUUCAUUGUUCCUAAAUGUAAUUUAUUCGCAGCAAGACGCAUCAAUUGUACUUUUAAGAAGUUAUGACAUCAAAACAAAAUUUUGACAAUAAGAAAACGUCUUUAUGCCGUUUCUGGAUUUCUUAAAAAUUAAACAAAUAAAAGAAUAUUACAUUCAUUUCUUAUUACUCGAACCAUUAAAAAGAAGUAUGAUCGGGAAAACAACCAUUUAAUAAAUUAUGUCUUUUCACUACAUCUGAUAUUAAUAGUAUGAAGCCACAUACAUGCUGGCAUUAUAUCUCUUUAUUGUUAGUGCUUAGUAUUGGAAUUGAACUGUUGUGCAACCAAGUAAAUGGUUCAGUCGAUAGUAAUAAUUCUAUUAAUUCUGAUCUUCCUAAUACUGCCAAAUUACCAUGUCAUGGCACUGGUCCAGAACAAGUAAAAAUUCACUUUGCCAAUAGAAUUGUUGAAAAUGAAUACAUUGUUGCAUUUAAGGGUUAUUAUAAAUCACACACACGUGAAAAUUAUAUAAGAGCUGCAUUGAAUUCAUCUGGCAUUCAUAAUUGGAAGAUUUUAUUUCGUGACAAUUUGGCCAACAAUUUUCCUAGUGACUUUGAUGUUGUUCGAUUGGAAGAAACAGAUAAACAUAAUGGCCUUGAUGCUUUAACAGAUCAUCCUCUAAUUAGGAGAGUAACUCCUCAAAGACUUGUACAGAGAAGUUUAAAAUUUGUUAAUACAUCGGAAGAUGCUGAUUUUCCAGAAUAUAAAAAUUUUAAAAGAAAAAUUAACAAUUAUAACAACCAAUUCUGGCAAUCAACCAAUAGACAUACAUCCCGCAGAUUACUAAGAGCCAUACCAAGACAAAUUACAAGUAUACUUCAAGCUGAUGCUUUAUGGGGAAUGGGUGUUACUGGAAAUGGUGUCAAGGUAGCAAUAUUUGAUACGGGGCUGGCAGCUAGUCAUCCUCAUUUUAAAAAGAUUAAAGAACGUUCAAAUUGGACAAAUGAAAAAACAUUAGAAGAUGGGUUGGGUCAUGGGACAUUUGUAGCUGGAGUUAUCGCAUCAUCUUGUAUAGAUUGUCUUGGUUUUGCACCUGAUGCAGAACUUCAUAUUUUUCGUGUUUUUACUAAUACACAGGUGUCCUACACUUCUUGGUUCUUAGAUGCAUUCAAUUAUGCUAUUCUUACAAAAGUUACAGUAUUGAAUCUUAGUAUCGGUGGGCCAGACUUUAUGGAUCAUCCAUUUGUUGAUAAAGUGUGGGAACUAACUGCAAAUGGUGUGAUUAUGAUCUCUGCAAUUGGUAACGACGGGCCUUUAUAUGGUACUUUGAAUAAUCCCGCGGAUCAAAUGGACGUCAUCGGAGUAGGUGGAAUUAAUUGGGAAGAUCAAAUAGCAAGAUUUUCAUCGCGAGGAAUGACAACAUGGGAGUUACCCUCUGGAUAUGGGAGAGUGAAGCCUGAUUUAGUUACAUAUGGAUCAGGAGUACGAGGAUCUGCAUUGCAAACAGGUUGUAGAACAUUGUCUGGAACUUCUGUUGCUAGUCCUGUUGUUGCUGGAGCUGUAGCACUUUUAGCCAGUGGAUUCGUACAAGCAGACGGAUCUCAAACUGUUAAACAAAGAGUAACUCCAGCAAGCAUGAAACAAGCAUUGCUUGGUUCAGCACGUCGCUUACCAGGAGUUGGAAUGUUUGAACAAGGCGCAGGAAAGUUGGAUCUAUUGCGAGCAUUUCAUUUUCUUCGUUCGUAUACACCGAUUGCUACUCUUAGUCCAAGCUAUAUAGAUCUAACUGAAUGUCAGUAUAUGUGGCCAUACUGUACACAAGCUGUGUAUCAUACUGGUAUGCCUACAAUUGUAAAUAUAACUAUAAUAAACGGUUUGGGAGUAUCUGGACAUGUAGCAGAACUUUUGUGGCAUCCUUAUACCGGUAAUGGAAACGGUGAACGAAUCGAUGUAUCAAUAACUCACAGUGAUGUUCUCUGGCCGUGGUCUGGGUGGUUAGCAGUUGCAAUAACUGUUCCAUCAUCUGCUCGUGACUGGCAAGGCAUAGCGCAAGGUUAUAUAUCUGUUACAAUUGAAUCACCACCAAGCGAUGGAGAAGAAAAACCAAGACAAUCUAAAAUAGAACUACCUUUAAAGGCGAAGGUUAUUCCUACACCGCCCCGUCAUAAACGCAUUCUGUGGGAUCAAUAUCAUAACCUACGUUAUCCUCCGGGAUAUUUUCCAAGAGAUGAUUUACGUGCAAAAAAUGACCCCCUCGAUUGGAAUGGUGACCAUAUCCACACGAAUUUCAAAGAUAUGUAUCAGCAUUUACGUAAUGCGGGUUACUAUUUAGAGGUACUCGGUGCACCGUUCACUUGUUUUAAUGCCAAAAAUUAUGGUACUUUGCUUAUUGUGGACACAGAAGAAGAAUUUUUUCCCGAAGAAGUAGCGAAAUUAAAACGAGAUGUAGAGGAGGAAAGUCUCUCUAUAAUAGUAUUUGCAGAUUGGUAUAAUGUUACUGUUAUGAGGAAGGUAAAAUUUUACGAUGAAAAUACUCGACAGUGGUGGAUUCCAGAUACGGGUGGAGCAAACGUUCCAGCCUUGAACGAUCUGCUAUAUCCCAACUGGGGAAUAGCAUUUGGAGAUCAAGUGCGCAAUGGCCAAUUUACUCUUGGUCAGCAUCCUCCUGUAACUUUUGCCUCUGGAACUACAAUCACCCGGUUUCCAAAAGAUGGAAUUAUUAUUUAUGUCGAAUUACAUGAUCAAGGACAAGAGCUUUUACUUGAAUCUGAAUCAAAAUCUACAAUUUCUGUGCCAAUUCUUGGACUUUUUCAAACAAGCAGCUAUAAGAAUAUUAAAAAAAUGUAUCAUGAUAACCAUGACAACAAUGUUAUAACGGAUAAAGGAAACUUGGAAAAAUAUAACAUGAAAGAUCAAAUAAAUAUUGUGCCAGGCAGAAUUGUGGUGUAUGGAGAUUCAAAUUGCAUCGACGAUAGUCACUUACAGAAACCUUGCUUCUGGAUGCUUGAUGCUAUACUAGAGUACACAACAGCAGGUCAUAUUGCAACUGUUUUUACUGACGAAAGUCAGACCAAGGCAAAUAUUCUUGAAAAGCCUGGUAUUUUAGAUAGUGAAUUACCACAACGUAUGGAAGGUAGUCAUUUAAGACGUCAUAGUAAAGUGUUACUACCUGAAAAUACUAAUACUGGCCACAUUCGACCACUUCCAUCUUGCCCUACUAUCAUCCUGGCUAUUCCAAGACCUUUAAAUGAAUCUGUCCCUAUAAAUCUUUAUAAACCUCAGAAAUUACUAUCUGUAAGAGAUACAAUAAUUGCAGUAAAUCCAGUGUUGCAAGAUUCGAGUCCUCUAUGGCUUAGAAGGCGAGUGGGCGGUGCAAACAUUCCUACCCUACAUCACGCGGAGCAGAAUAAUAUUGACGAAUUAGAACAAACCGAUGAAGAUAAUAGUGAAAUAUUUACAAGUAAGUGGAGCUACAUGGCAGGAAUCAUUAUUGUAGGAGUUAUUGUUCUCUGUUUAUUAAAUCGAUGGUAUUGCUUAAUAUCAAAAAGACAUUCUCGAAGAAAACGAACAGUCGGUAGAUUACGUAGAGUUAUUCAAACAAUUUCUGUGCGCAGAGUGCCUUAAAUGUGACUUUAUAUCUGACAAACUUUCAACCACUACAAGAUAAUGUUUAAUUAUCUAUGGUUAACGCUUAGAGAAGAACAAACUAUAUUAUGUGCCUUUAAACUUACAGUACUCGACAUACAUUAUUUUGAUAAAUUUCGUGUAUCACUAAUUCAUUCUAUACAUAUACGUAUUUCGGUUGACAUACAUACAUGAAAAUGCAAAAUUGUUGUAUUAUUCUUUAUUUAAUCGCUUAAAGUAAUUUAUUUAAAUAAAUUUAAGUCACAAUAUAGGUUUUAUUACAAAUAAAUAUAGAAGUAUGUUAGUAAAAUACAAGGAAAAUAAAUAUAAAUUUGCAUUUCCAACAAAUUGUGAAGAUAUAGUUGUGGCUUAUCAUUAAUAACAUUUUAUAUAUUUGUAUGUGUAUUUUACGAAACACAUUAAUCUUUAAGUUUAUAAAAUACAUAUUUACUUGUAGUGCACAAGCAUAUAUGAGAGAAUUAUUAUAUUAUAUUAAUAUUGAUAGAAGAAUAAUAUAAGUUUUUUUCCACUGUUAUUAACUUGUGAUAUGUAAUAAUUAUUGUUUUAAUAUAUGAUACAGAUUUUGUUACAAAAAUUUAUUUCACUAAGUAGUAAUACAAUAUUUUUAAUUUAGGAAUGAUUUAAACAAUCAAACAAAUUAUACAAACAAUAAGACUAUACCUUUUUAUGUAUAAAUUUAUUUAUGUAGUGACACGAAAAGAUUUUACUAUUUGCGUAUAACGUUGUUGAUAUGUAAAACAAUAAUUGUAUGUUUCUAAAAUUGUUUAUAUUGAAAUCAAUAACAAUUCAGUUGUAAAAUGGA